AUUCAAUAUGCAUCCUUUGCCAUCCGCGCGUAUGUGUAUAUACGUUCCCCGCAUCCUUUUUUUUCCCGUCCUGGGCAAACUCAUUUACAAUAAAUGAAGACUGACUGAGGCAGCCACGAAACAAAUAAACUUUUUUGCGGCCCUUGCCAGGAUGCCCUGGAUGCCAGCAUGCAAGGAUGUAAGGAUGCCAGGGUAACCGAAAAAGGGUGAACAGGAGGUGUAGGAGGUCCUCCUCCAUUGGGUUUUGCUAUUUUUUAUUUAAUUAAAUAUUUUACAUGCAAAGUGCAUUAUGAGCAUUGGGGGACUCGAGGCAACCAUCUCCCCGCCCACCCCAGACCAACUUGACUGGGUCGAAAGGACUCCCCAGGGCCAGGACAUCGAUGCCAAUACCUCUAUCCAUCGGUGCAUUGCUGACGAGCUGUUCACUCGUGAUAAUUACAUAAACAUCCGACUGCAUCAGCAGUAAAAUUGUUGCACGGGACGAGAAAUAGCAUUAAGUCCGACUCCGGGACCUUAGCUGCCUUGCAGCAGGCAGGUGUCCUUAAUGAUGGUUGAGAGGAGUUGAGCUGAAAUUCAUAGCUGAGUGACUCCGGGAAAUGUUGAGUCAGGGUACUGGAUGGAAAACGGCAAAAAAAAGUUCACAGUUCAGUAUAACAUUUCUUUAUUGUUUGACUUUAAAAUCUGCUAUUGAUAAGGGGUUCUUUGUGGCCACUCAGCAGAAGAUAGUGCCCAAGUUCCUGGAAAUGUUCCAGAAACUUGGGAACAAUUCAUACCCCUCGGACAAUCUGGAAGAUAAGGUGGCCAAGUUCUACAAUCUCUGCAGAAAUAACGGCAAUGUUACCUUCUUGGAUGUAGUGCAGCCGGAUGUGAACGUUCCCUGGCCGUACAACACAACCGAGGGUGGGGAUUGGCCCAAGGAGCGCUUCCAGUGGCUUAGAACUCUGGCAAAGCUACGACGCUACGGUAUGAAAAAUGCGUUGUUCCGGUUGAAUCUCAAAUGGGAUGCGGGGAGCUCCGUCUACCGGGUGGUGAUUAAAAAGCAGCAGUUCGAAAGCCCCAGCGACUACAUUCAACUUGAUAAGAGAGAUCUGAUUGAUAUGGGAUUCGACUACAAUCGAGCGGAAUCACUGGACUACGAUAUAGACGAACUUCAGGACGAAAUUAAGGAUCUGGUUGGGGAAACCGAAGAUUCUGUGCCCCAGCUGCUGAGCCUACGGGAGCUGAAAAGCAAACACGGAGUGUCCCUUAGUUCGUACCUUGAGAUUGUGUUUGGUCAUCCGUUUCCGUUCAGUUUUCAGGUCGAGGUGGAGGAUCUGGACUACCUCGCGAAGAUUUUCAAGCUGAUAAAUGGCAAGGACCAGGAAGUGGUGGCCCUUUAUCUGAUGGAUCGAUUUGUUUUCUCUAUGCAUAAGUCCGCUCGACUGGAAGGUAGAUGGGAACAGAAGAGCCUUUGCACCAAGAUUUUGCGGACCUCCAUGGAGUUUGCCAGCAAUCUACUCUUUGAAAAGCAUGUCUUGGGCGAGAAUAAGCUGAAGGAGUUUCAGAUCCAAAUGGAUCGUUUAUUCGCAGCCGUUCGGAAGCAGUUUAACCUUAGGCUGGACAGAAGCUCUUUGAAUGUUUCCUUUACAUCGUCCUUGCGAAGGAAUCUCAACUCUCUCAGUAUAAAUAUUGGGAACAUGCCCAAGGACCAGGAUCAUGAACGCUUUGUUACCGAUUUCUACUCGGAUCUUCGUGUGACUAAUGAUGACAAAUUUGCAAAAUUUCAUGUGAAAGCCCUCGAGUUCCGGGAACGUAAUUUACUAAAGAGAUUGAACAACCCCACAUCCCCGUAUCCACAUCCUGAAGAUCCAGAAAGCUCCCUAGAAGUGGGAAGUGUGGUAAAAGGAAACGUCAUCAUCGUGCCCUACAAUGUCCUCCUGGAACCAUAUUUUAUGGCCAAUUCACAUGAUGUUUUUAAGAUGAGCAUGCAAGGCUUUUUCCUAGCUAGUUUAGUUGAAAAAGCUCUGUUUCCCGAGGAAGUUAAGGGAUAUAAUUGUCAAAAAUACGACCAAUUCCUGUCCAUAUUCGAUGACCAGAGGUUGUUGACCAACCGAUCUUCUUGCCAACACGAUGAUUACUUCAAAACUUUAAAGGAAUUGGUUUUCUUGAACCUGGUCCACGAAGCCUUCUUCUCUCAGGGAUCAGGAUACAGUCUGGCGCAGCCCGAAUUCACCAAGAUGUCGCUGGAGCAGCUCUUCUUCCUGAACUUUGUCCAGACCAUAUUUAAUAACAAUGUUUACUGGGAAAUCGAGGGAGUUGCCAACAAUCCACUGCUCCAGCUGACAUCCUUUUCCAGGGCCUUCAAUAUACCAUCAUCCGCUUAA